AUGUCAUUCUUCUUCAAAUAUUCUGCGGUUCUGCAGAUCAUCAAGACGCGUGAGCGCUGUCACAGAUUGAAGAGAGAGAAGAAGAAGAUGUUCAAGUGUAGAAAGACAGAUCACAAGGCAUGUUAUAAUGCCUUGAAGAGACUUUGUAAGAGACAGGAGCUGGCAGAGAAGGGAAUUGAGGCCUUGUUCAGGUCUCAAAUGCGCUUCAUGAUUCAGAACAUUGAGAAGACAGCCCUGCUCUCUGAGCAUGUCAAUCUGCUUAUCACUGAGGUGGAACCCGAGGCAGCAGACCAGGAAAUGCGGGAUUUUGAGGCACAGGUUGACCUGGCUGAGAAGAAGCAGUGA